AUGUCGCAGCUCCUUCAAAUUGCCGGGUCCUUUAAGAACCUGGCAUAUACUGCCCUGCCAAUACUUGUCCCAAUGGCAUGGCGGUCCGGUAACAAAGUGUACCACACACUCAAAUCACCAAAGUACCGCGCGCGCAUCCACCCGAUCUCGGCACGCAAUCUGCGUGUCGUCCUGGUCCUUGCAGCUGCCACCGUUGCUCUACUGCUGUUCUACACGCCCAUUGCACGGGCAUCCGAAUUUAAUAUCUUCCAGAUCACAGAAUCCCGUCUCCAAACACCGAUCGAGGUAGUUGCAACCCGGUUCCGUGUGCUCUAUGCAGCCCCUGGCGCAGAAGGAGGCCAGCCGUGGCUCUCAGAAGCACAGGCUCGUAUGCCCCGGAACUUGCGCAAGGCCGCAGCCUUCACAACAGAAGCUUCCUGGGAACGGUUUUUUGCAAGACUCACAACCCUCGAGGGAAGAGUCCUUUACACAGGCUACGGUUCAAACGCAUUCUUGCACUGUGACUUUUGCCGUACUGACGCUCCGUGGACUUUCUUCCUUUAUGUCCUCCCGGCAAUCCUAGCCCCAUACAUUGCCAAUCUCGGGCUCGUUCUUAUGGUCACCCGUGGACCACGCAACUUCAUCACUACCACUCAAUCCGCUCAAUGGACCUCCAUCUUUGUGACCAUCACUAUUGUGCUGGCCGUCCUUGAUGUGGCCCUAUUUUACAGUUUCCCCACAACCCAGUUUGCCAUGCAAACCCGACACGCUGUCUCUCGUGAUGCCGCCCUUUGGAUCUACCGCGAGGCACACAAAUACCGCGCAAUUUUCCUGGCCCUCGUCGACGCUAGUCUCGCCUUUGUUGUUUGGCUAGCAGGCACCGGCCGUCUUUGGGAUAAUUCCUUCACAGAGGACGGCUACUACCGUUCCACUCAGCGCGCCGUCCAGGCCCUCGACAUGGCUGUCCAGCGUCUCCGCGUGUCCACCAUGCUCCACUCCCAUGUCAUUGCACGUAACAAGGAUUUCCGCACAGCCUAUGAACAAUGGGGUGAGCUCGAGCAGCUUUUUGACCAGAAACUGCGCGAGGCUCCCAAAGUCAAGGAGGCCCGAAAGUCUGCUCAGCAACGCAAGGCUGCUCUUCUUCGAAACGUUGAAGCUGAGGCCCAAAAUCUUAUAGAAAAACUUUAA